AGAUCUAUAAAGUUUAAUGUAGAUCACAUUAUUAAGAUGAAAUAAGUCCUAAAAUCAGUAAAAUGAGUGGAGUAGGACUAAUGAUUUUUAAAAUAUCGGACUGAGGAGGCUGUGGGUGUUCCAUAAAUAUGUGAUGUGUAGUAGAUCUAGUAAUAAUUCACGUAUUCUCACGUUUUGUGACCACAUACAACUAGCUUGCAAUAAUUAAAAGACAAAUAUCUGCAACCUUGUGGCAACCAACCAACCAUCCUCGAUGAAUAGUUCACUUCACCAUUAAAACCAAGGUACCGUGCUCCAAAAAAAUGCCAGCAAGUUUAGAAGAUUUUGACGUGAUAUCCACUAUAGGAACAGGAUCGUAUGGAACUUGUAGGAAAAUCAGAAGAAAGAGAGAUGGGAAGAUUCUGGUGUGGAAGGAAAUGGACUAUGGAUCAAUGAGUGAGUCAGAGAAACAAAUGUUGGUGUCAGAGGUCAACCUGCUGCGUGAGCUGCGCCACAAGCAUAUUGUCAAGUACCACGACAGAAUUAUUGACCGCUCUAGAGCUACCAUUUACAUCAUCAUGGAAUAUUGUCCAGGUGGAGACCUAGCCUCCAUCAUAGCCAGACACAGAAAAGAUGGAACUCAUGUGACUGAAGAAUUUGCAUGGAAAAUCCUAAGCCAAACGACUCUAGCUCUGAGAGAAUGUCAUAGAAGAAAAAAUGGGCAGGCUGUUCUCCACAGAGACUUGAAGCCUGCCAAUGUUUUCCUGGAUACAGAUUCCAACGUCAAGUUGGGAGACUUUGGCCUGGCGCGUGUCCUGCAUCAUGAGACAAGUUUUGCCAGAACUUAUGUUGGGACCCCGUACUAUAUGUCACCAGAGCUGGUCAACAACCAGUCGUACAACGACAAGUCCGAUGUUUGGUCUUUGGGCUGCAUGCUGUAUGAGUUGUGUGCCCUUGCUCCUCCAUUUGUUGCUGCCAAUCAGACAGAAUUAAAUCAUAAGAUCCGGGCCGGAGAGUUCUCACGUCUGCCACACUCUUACUCCUCUCAGCUGGAUCUCAUCAUUAGGAAGAUGCUGCAGGUAGAGGUGUCAAAACGUCCCAGCAUUGAAAGCCUAUUAUCUGAACCUGAGCUUCAGCGAGCCUGUCAGCGUCCCCCUCUGGUGGCCAGUGGUCAAGUGCCUGUGGUGGCCAGGGCUCAUGGCCAGAAAGAAAAUAUCCUCAAACAGCUUGAAGCCUUGGCACUUAAAGAGAAGGAGCUUGAAAGAAGGGAGAGAAAUCUUGCUGUAAAGGAAAAAUUGGUGGAAGACAAGUUAAAGAGGGCCAAUGAGCUGCUGCAGACAUGCCAUUACCAGGAGACAUCUGGUGCCGUGGCCUGCCCAGGUAGGAAGUUCCGUCCUGCAGCCAUGCCAGGCCCCAGCUGUAACAAAUGUCCCAGAGUUUGUGCCACGCCCGCCCAGGGUCAGACUGACCAAUGGAAACCAUGAUAUAGACUUUGUAGAAAUUGAACUGUAGCAGACAUGAUUUUCUUUCUUUGUCUAAUUAACUAAGAUUUACAUCAAAGUUCAGAUUGUUAAUCUUAGUGGAGAAAAUUUUCAACAACUGAAUAAAUGCUGAUCUACCAU